AUGGAGUACGAUUCCAAAGAUUGGCAGUUCGUGUACGAUGUUGAAGGAGAUGCUGGGAGUUAUCCUGCCAGGGAAAACGAAGAGGAACUUAAAUUGGAGGUGUGUAUGGACAUCUUGGCGAGAGCAAAGGUAGUUAUUCCGCGCAAACAACGAACGUAUUACUCCAAACAAUGGUCCACAAUGAGAAAGAAGCUUAUGAAGUAUAUUGUGCCUAACUUCGUAUGUGGAAAAGCAGGUUUCAAGAAAGAGCUCGAGAUUACAAAAACUGUGAAAUACAAAAGAGCAGAAACCACAACUGGUUGCCCUGCAAUGAUUCGAUAUGAAGUUGAUAAGGAAGGCAACUGGGGAGUUAAAAAAUUAAUAGAAUCACACAACCACUCAUUAGCAAACCCUGGUGACAAACACUUGCUGCAUUCGAGCAGAAAGAUAAGCGAAGUAAAUGCAGAUGUUCUUAGAUCUAUGACUCAGUCUGGGAUACGACCAAAAGACACAUUUAAUUUUCUUGCCCAAGAAGUUGGGGGUGUAGAGAACCUAGAAUGUACAAAGGCAGAUGCUUUCAAUUUCAUUCAAAGAGAGAAGAGAUCUAGAAUUGAAAAUGGUGAUGCCAACGCUUUACUAUAA